ACUAGGAGUCCACCACACCACACCAUGGCGACAGCGGCGGCCUCGUCGUUCCUCUCCCCGGCGGCGAAGUUCGCGCUCCAGAGCCGGUCACCGAGCUUGAGACCCACGCGCAGCGUCAGGUUCCUGCCGGUGAGAGCACAGCAGCAGGAGCCACAAGUGAAGGAGGAGGAACCCGCGGCGGCGAACGUGCCACCGCCGCCGCCGCAAGAGGAGGAGCAGGCGGCGCCGGCGAAGAAGGCGGACGCGCAGUCGCUGCCGCGGCAGCCGCGGGCGGAGAGCAAGAACAUGGGGCGGGAGUACGGCAGCCAGUGGCUGAGCUGCACGACGCGGCACGUGCGCAUCUACGCCGCCUACAUCGACCCGGAGACCAACGCCUUCGACCAGACGCAGACGGACAAGCUCACGCUCAUGCUCGACCCCUACGAGGAGUUCGUCUGGACCGACGACACCUGCCAGAUGGUCUACAACGAGUUCCAGGACCUUGUCGACCACUACGAGGGAGCUCCACUGUCAGAGUACACGCUUCGCUUGAUCGGCUCCGAUCUCGAGCACUACAUCAGGAAGAUGCUCUACGACGGGGACAUCAAGUACAACAUGAGGUCCAAAGUGCUCAAUUUCAGCAUGGGCAAACCCCGCGUCAAAUUCAACAGCAGCCAGAUCCCGGAUGUCAAAUAGUUGUAUACACGUAACACCGAUAGAGAAUGGUUACCCCCAUUCAAAAGCUGAGGAGUUGUACACUCUUGCUCUUCCAUUAGAAAGAACCAUGAACCAGAGCAUUCCAAAAUUAAGAUUACAGUUGCACAUACACAAACAAUAGUGCAGUACAUUUACUGUUGACAACAUCUUGUCGUCCAUAAACCUUCCAUAUAUAACUAGUAUCAUCA